AUGACGGGCCGACGCGCUCAUCGCGCCCGGAUUGUGGCCAGCGUUGCUGCCACGGCCAUAUCCUUGGCUUGCGGGACCAAUUAUGUCUAUUCUGCUUGGGCACCCCAGUUCGCGGACCGCCUCAAGCUAUCAUCAACCGAAAGUAAUUUGAUCGGGCUUUUUGGAAACAUGGGCAUGUACAUCUUGGGAUUUCCUGUUGGCGUGUUAAUCGACGGCCGUGGACCUCGGCCAGCCAUCAUUUCCGGCAUGAUCCUGCUUGCUCUAGGCUACUUCCCGUUGCAUGAGGCCUACGAUAAAGGCGCUGGUUCCGUCCCCCUACUCUGUUUCUUCUCCUUCCUGACCGGCCUGGGUUCGUGCAUGGCCUUCACCGCCGCCAUGAAGACAUCAGCCCUCAACUGGCCAGACCAUCGCGGAACCGCCACUGCCUUUCCACUCGCCGCAUUUGGCCUAAGCGCAUUCUUCUUCUCGUCCUUGGGAGCUGUUUUCUUUGCUGGUGAUACAAGUCCUUUCCUGAUGCUCCUGGCGUGUGGCACUUCCGGUGUGGUUUUGGUCGGGUCUCUCUUCCUCCGCGUUAUUCCCCACCAUGCUUAUCAUUCUGUUCCGGCUGCGGAAACGGCAUCUGGCUCCCUCCUUCGUAAGAACUCGAUGACCGGUGACGGGGAUAGGCCAGUUUGCCCAGGCACACGCUGUCCGGAACCUGGUACGUCGUACAAUACCGUCGGAAACGACACGAUUCCACCUAGAUCCUCCGAGGAGGAAGACAUAGAAGCCCUAGCGCUCGAGGCCAAUCAUACCAUUGAAAACGAACCGAACGCCUGUCCGCUUGACGGGACACCAGACGAGGCCGCCUCGGAUGAAUCGUCUUCUCUGAUAUCGCAAGCCUCGUCGCUACCGGGCGAAAUUCUAGUACAGAGCAGUGUUGAUAUGGACCGUUCUCAUCGUGUAGAUAUCCGUGGCAUAAAGAUUCUGCCAAUUCCUAGGUUCUGGCAGUUGUUUUCUCUCAUGGGCAUCCUCUCCGGAAUUGGCCUCAUGACGAUCAACAACAUCGGAAAUGUCGUCAAGGCACUUUGGAGACGAUAUGACGACUCUGUUGACGAAGCAUAUGUCGUGCAGAUCCAACAGCUACACGUCUCUAUUCUGUCCUUGGGCAGUUUUGCUGGGAGACUAUUAAGCGGUGUCGGUUCCGAUUUCCUCGUCAAGGUUCUCAAAGCCAACCGCCUCUGGUGCAUCGUUGUGGCGAGCACCAUAUUCUUCCUCGCCCAAUUCUCCGGAGUCGUGAUCACCAACCCUCAUUUACUCGGCUUUGUAUCCGGCUUGUCCGGUCUUGGUUAUGGCUUCCUCUUCGGCGUAUAUCCAUCCAUCAUCGCAGAAACCUUUGGAAUUCAUGGGCUCAGCCAGAACUGGGGCUUUAUAACUCUAGCACCUGCCCUUUCUGGUAACAUAUUUAACAUUUUCUACGGAAAGAUUUACGAUCAGCAUAGUGUAAUUGGGCCGGGAGGCCAACGAAUUUGCCAGGAGGGCUUGGAUUGCUACAAGCCAACAUAUGUGACUACGCUCUGCGCCAGCGUCAUUGGGCUUGGGCUCUCUCUUUGGCUUAUUCAACGGGAUAGGAACGGAGACCCGAUCAAGGGCAAGGGGGAGGAAGAAGACUAG